GAGAUCUAGAAACGGGAAAAUAAAUGUUAAGGUAUUCAUAAGGUAUGAAAUUUUUGUUAAUCUUUAUUUCGCCAAUAACAUUGUGAAUUUGCAAAGCAAAUAUUACAAUCCUUUUUUUUUGAUGAUGUGGCUACCGGUCCACACGGUGACGGACGCUCUUCAGAGUGGAAAUUUUUGAAAAGGAACACACAAACAAUUUCCAUCAAAGAUGCCGAGUUAAGUAGUUGCUCUUAUGAUAUCUCUGUUUUCAAAUCUGAUAACUUACUUGCAGCCAAAAGUGGUUUGUUAAUCUACGAAUCAGCAGUCUUUUUUCUUCAGAUUUCUUUGCUUUGCAAUUUUUCGUGAUUUUUGACCUGUCGAAAAUUAGUAUCGCCAAGCAAUUUGCGCGUGCUCAUAGCCGAAUUACAAGCUUCUUAUUUGGUUUUGCGUUUCAGUGUGGACGGGGAAAUUUUUUUAACACUUAUGGCGUGGAAACAGAUAGAAAUUAGUUCGUUUUCAUAAAAAUCUGGCACCGUGUGGAUAGUGCCUUAGCUACAAAAUCGUAGCAAUGGCAUUGCCAGAUAAAAGCUUCACAAGACCUAGAAAGUUCUUAAAGGCACGGCGAGUUGAUUUAAAAAAGCUAGCCCUCUAACAACUGGUACUCUAAUAGGAAAACAUUGUCUAAGUGUCAGACUUAUAUCAUUGAGGAAAAUGACAUCUGGAAUAACAAAAAUAAUCUGGCGUAAAUUUAUACCCAUACUGCAUGGGUGUCUAUUACCAUUUUUUCAGGUUUUUAACAAAAACUCAACACGAAUUUGGUCAACAAGUACCACCACAGAAAUAUAUAUAUGUCCAUUUACAUUUUUGACUAUGAGUGCUUUAAGUAAUUGUUCAGAAGCUGGUAAGUCUUUUUAUAAAUUGGAAAGUUAAUGUUUACUUGCUUCCGACCAAAUUGACAACGCACUUCGUGUUCAUCUAAAGUAAAGUAGCCAAAAUAAGACUGUUCAGCACAAUUACACGAUACUAUUUCUUUAUAUAUGAACAAACUUCGAAAACCCAAAGUUUAUUGCAGUUUGAAAAAGCCAAUUGAAGAUAGCCUUUUUGAAAACAGCAUAUAAAAGUACUGAAUGCGGCACCAACUUUGAGACUUUCAUCGUUAGCAAGAAAUGAGACAUGAUCGCGGGUGACACAUUCAAGCUUAAUGAUAGCGCGGCCUUUUAAUAGGGCACACUGAAUAAAUUAUGUUCAAAUUAAAGACCUGCUGCAAAGAGUGUGCAUUGCUGAACGCCUAUUGGCCUUGUAGGAAAAUAACACAAUGAAUGAGUAUUCACUCAAGGCUAGUAACAAUGGCCUAUAAUCGACUGGAAUGGUAAGCACAUUGCCUGUUUCUUACCAUAGAACGCACGAAUGUUAAGGACAUUUCUUGAGAAGUGACUGACAAAUAAAAGAAUAAUUAGCAAAAAUCGUUUAUGAAUAUCAAUGUUACUUGUUAUAUCAUAGAGUAACUUUGUACGGAUGCAUUUUCAACAUUUGAGAGCAGGCCUGCCAAGAAUACGCUGCUACAUCGGAGACAUCUAGAAGUUUUAACAGCUCACAAAGAUAAAUAUCAUUAGAUUAAAAAGGCAGAACGAUGCCAUUAGAUACUCGAUUCUGUGAUGGCUACUUGACAAUAAAACCGAGAAAAUCACAAAAAGGAAAGCUAAGCACACCACGUGCUUCAAUCAACAAUGUACGCCACAUUCAAAAUAUAUUCCACAAAGCUGUUGAAGACGGUGAUAUCACACAAGUAAAAGUUCUUCUGCGCUAUGCGCGAACAAACAUACAUUUAGGUGAGCCAAACAAGAAUGGGAGAACCGCAUUACAAGAGUGUUGCUUGAAAGAUGACUUAGAAAUGAUUCGGCUGUUGCUUGAUCACGGUGCGUCUCUGGAGUCUACCGAUUCAUAUGGCUGGACAGCAUUGCAUUACGCAGCUUUUUUCGGAAGUUUAGACAUCGUUCGUUUUCUAGUUCUCAACUGUGCUGACUUAACAUUUACUAACAGCAAUGGUGAAACUGCAUAUGACUUGGCCCAAAAUCCUGAUGUAAAGUUCUACCUUGAAGGAAUGAUGAUGUUGGGAGAAGAAAAUUUGGACACUAGUGAAGUUGAUGAUGAAGACAGUCAUGCUAGCUACGGGUCUUUAUACAAAGAAGACACGCUUAGCUUGAAGAACGAGUCAGAUAACGACUCUUUAGGGAACAGCAGUGGUUUCAAGACCUUUGAUGACACUGAGAAUGCCAGUGACUUAAGGAGCACCAUUGAAGCUAUGGGCGAGCGACCACCAGUGCAAACGUAUUGCAUACAAAAGUCCUUAGAGGCUGAAUCAUUCAUCCAAACUGGAGAUGAUACACUGUGCUCAGGUGGACAGAUACCUCGAAGUAAAUGGCAGAUAGAAGACAGUAGAAACGAGACACAAUAUACCAAAGAAAAAGCCGCAAAUCGCAGUCUAAGGAGAUGUCUCAGUAGCGACGCUAUCCAUGACAGUGAAGUACCCUUAAAACUCACUUAUGUUGGUCGGGAUUGGAGCAAGCAGAACAAUAGUCACGGUACCUUUGACAACACAAAAAACAAAAAAUCACAAAUUGCGAUUAUAAGCAAACAAAACCAGGCAAGGAAACCACUCCAAGAAACAGCAAUGGAUAAGAAGCAGAAAAUAAAUAAAUUUCGAAAUGAAAUGCAUAAUGAACACUUAGAAAUUCAUGUUGAAGCUGGAGCACCAGUAAAAAUAGACCAUAAAAACAUUCAGAAAACAGUGACUGAAGAAAAGUAUAAAAUUAAAACCGACCUUGUAAUAAAGGAAACUGAAGCUAAAGUUGAUACAAAACAGAUUGACGGAACAGAUUGUAAGGAAAGGCAAAAUUCCAAGAGCCAUAUAUUUGAAGAAAGGCCAACAAAAGAGGAAAAGUUUAAUGCAAAGAAGCAUUCUGGAAUACCUAGAUUUAAAAGAAAAACGCAGGAAAGAAAUGACACUGAGAGUAAACAGUUAACUGAAAAGACAAAAACGAAUCUUAAGGAAAUUAAGCCAAAUACCUCGUCAAAUUUUGAACAAACAAAGUUAAGAAAGAAUGAAGACAAAUCUAAGAGAGGAUUGGAAAAACUAUGGGAACGUUUCAGACUAAUGUCUGUGCGAAGGUCAUCUCAUGAAAAAAAGGCUGAAAAAUCAAAUGAGACAGGAGGAAAAGACAUACAGAUAAAGCAAAGGAGAAAAAAUAUCAAGCCCGCAUUGGCUUUAAAGGAGAGUUAGCUGCAAUACUAGCUGCAAUAAAAGUAUUCCUUCAAUGAGACAAAUCUUUAAAACAUUGUUAUAAAAUAUAUUGGGCUUUGCUAGUUACUUGCAUAAUUUAUUAUAAAAACGUGUUACAUGGUAAUGAUUACAUGCUAUUCAGCAAAAAGUAAUCAUUAUAAGAGUGGAAAUUACUCUGUCUUUCAGAUAAAUUUUUGAAGAGGUAAGGAGUUAAUCCUUGAAAUCUAUAUAGUGCAGAAGAAUAUCUAGAGAAUUUGGUUAGAAAGCCCUUUUCUCUAGAUGGAGACUAAACUUUUCUGUUUAGUCAAAAUUAUCAGUGUCAGAAUAAGCUUACAAAAUUUAUCUUCCCAGGCAGUGCGGCAUUAAGAAUUUCUCUGAACAGACUUUUGUGUCUUGACAGCAGCAAAGAGUCUUUUGACAUCAAUUUCUCUUAGAAGAUCAAAAUUAGUAGCCGUUAGACAUAACCCCAACACAUAAGCUUGUUUCACUGGGUGAGAUUUUUUAUUCCUUUCGAAGUGGCAAACUUUGCAAGGUGAGUAGUAAAGACAAGGCAAUUGUUGUAUUUGGAAACAUUACAGCAGCUUGCCCUUAAAUAAUUAGAUCUCUGCAAUUAGCUUGUUCUUUAAAGACAGUUUUUGGACCUUUCCUACCCUUGGCUAUCUCUACUUAACAACUAACUGGUUCUUUGCUAACUUUCUUCAAGAGUACGUUUGUUUACUUCUUCAACUCUUGUCUUCAUUACAAUUGGGUUAAUUACACCAUUACACAGUGUAAUGGUGUAAUUAACCCCAAAACAACCAAAAACAGAUUAGAAGAAGCUGAAAGCAAACUGGCAUUUUCAUUGACUCAUUUAAAAAGGUUAUAGGUUCCAAAACCCAAUUGCCAAAAAAACAAGGCCUACAUUAUCCAACAAUACCCAACAGAGGUAUAUGAAAAUUCUAUUGUAGACCUAAUU